AUGUCGGUUUUAGAGGCCUCCACUAAGAUGUCCACUUCUCCAAGUGGGAAAGAGGAAGUCAAGCAAACUCCUGAAGUAAGAGAACUUAGUCCGGAUAUACCAAACAAGCCCAUCAUUGCUUACUGGACGGUAAUGUGUCUCUGUCUCAUGAUUGCCUUUGGGGGGUUCAUCUUUGGUUGGGAUACAGGAACCAUUUCCGGAUUUAUCAACCAAACUGACUUCAAGAGAAGGUUUGGCCAAGAGCAGAGAGACGGCAGCUAUCAACUAUCGGACGUUAGAACAGGGUUGAUUGUUGGUAUCUUUAAUAUAGGUUGUGCAGUGGGAGGGUUAACGCUAGGACGCUUAGGUGACAUUUAUGGGCGUAGAAUUGGCUUGAUGUGCGUUAUCAUGGUGUACAUAGUUGGAAUUGUCAUCCAGAUCGCUUCUAUUGACAAGUGGUACCAAUACUUUAUUGGUAGGAUCGUUUCUGGAAUGGGUGUUGGCGGUGUUGCUGUAUUGUCUCCAACUUUAAUUUCAGAGAUUUCUCCAAAACACUUAAGAGGCACUUGCAUCUCUUUCUACCAGUUGAUGAUUACUCUUGGUAUAUUCUUAGGCUACUGUACCAACUACGGUACUAAGAAGUAUUCCAACUCCAUUCAAUGGAGAGUUCCCUUGGGGUUGUGCUUCGCAUGGGCCAUCUUCAUGAUAGUUGGAAUGGUUAUGGUUCCAGAAUCGCCAAGAUUUUUAGUCGAGAAGGGGAGAUAUGAAGAAGCAAGAAGAUCUUUAGCAAAGUCAAAUAAGGUCACAGUUACCGACCCCGGUGUGGUUUCAGAGGUUGACGCAAUAACUGCUAAUAUGGAAGCGGAGAGGGCUGCUGGGAACGCAAGCUGGAGCGAACUGUUCUCAAACAAGGGAGCAAUUUUACCAAGAGUCAUUAUGGGAGUCGUCAUUCAGUCCUUACAACAACUUACUGGCUGCAACUACUUUUUUUACUACGGUACCACCAUUUUCAACGCAGUCGGAAUGGAAGACUCUUUCGAGACGUCCAUUGUGCUCGGGAUUGUCAACUUUGCAUCCACCUUUGUUGCGCUAUACAUCGUCGAUAAAUUUGGACGCCGGAAGUGUUUAUUGUGGGGGUCUGCAUCAAUGGCCAUCUGUUUUGUCAUAUUUGCCACAGUCGGUGUCACAAGAUUAUGGCCACAUGGAAAAGACCAGCCAUCGUCGCAAAGCGCAGGUAAUGUCAUGAUUGUUUUUACGUGUUUUUUCAUUUUCUGUUUUGCUAUUACUUGGGCCCCAAUCGCCUACGUCAUUGUAGCAGAAAGUUACCCAUUAAGAGUGAGGAAUCGUGCUAUGGCUAUUGCAGUUGGAGCAAACUGGAUGUGGGGCUUUUUGAUCGGCUUUUUCACACCCUUUAUUACUAGAGCCAUAGGUUUCUCUUAUGGCUACGUUUUCAUGGGCUGUUUAAUCUUUUCCUACUUUUAUGUUUUCUUCUUUGUUUGUGAGACAAAGGGACUAACUCUAGAAGAAGUCAACGAAAUGUAUGAAGAGAGGAUAAAGCCAUGGAAGUCUGGCGACUGGGUACCAAGCGCUAAGAGGUUAGAACAACUAACAGAUGGUACCCCGCUAGACACAGAGGAUAUUAAAUAG